AGUAUCCCAUUGCUGACAGUACCUUUCGUAUGCAUAUGUUCUUCCCUCGCGAGGGAGAAAGGAUUCCAGAGAGAGAGAAACAUAGAGAGAGAGAGAGAGAGCCAGAGAACCAUAGCUACGAGAGGCCAAAACCUUACGAUCGACGAUCGCCUUGCCGGAAAUGGAAGAUUCUGCGGCGGCGGAUACGGCCGAUGUCGGCGGAAGCGUGGUGGAGGAGAACGAGUGUAGGAUAUGCCGAAAUCCCGGCGAGGAGGGAAACCCUCUCCGGUACCCCUGCGCUUGCCGUGGUACCAUAAAGUACGUCCACCAAGAUUGUCUCCUUCAGUGGCUCAAUCACCGUAAGAUUUCCCAUUGCGAGGUUUGCAAGCAUGAAUUUGUAUAUGCCCCAAUUUACGCAACGAAUCCUCCGGCAAGGCUUUCUCCUUGGGAGUUUGUACUUGGGCUUGCUGCAAUAGUUUUUUGGCUGUUCAGAAUAUUACAGCACUUUGUGUAUCUUUUUCUUGUUUGGCUCGUCGUAAUUCCAUUCGUUACACAUUGGAUUUGGGAAUUUUCUUUCUGCAAGGGUUUUGGUGAAGCACAAAGUCUGUUUAUAAGUCAUCUUUAUGCCACCGCGAUUUUCAAGGACUGUCUAUAUGGUUUUUUUCUUUCACUUGGAAUGGCGUAUGUAUUUCUUGGGAUUACUUUUAUCAGAGUUGUUCUUCGGCUAGACCCAAGAGGAGAUUUUGGUUUGGCUAAUAGGAUUUUUGCUGCAAAUGAGAAUGGGGAAAAUGUUGGUGGAAGGCAAGGAAUCGCUAAAGUUCUUCUUACCAUUAAAAGAAGUCUAGAAUUUCUCGCUAAUUGGUGGAGGAUUUCGGUUGUUCGUAUUAUGGAUUAUCUUGGUAUUGUGGAAAAUGAACUCCUUAAUGAGCUUGUCAAUUUGCCGGCUCCCUUUUUCCCAUUUGAUGAGAAUGCAUUUGUCGUAAGCAUGUUAUCUUCUUUUCUACUACCGUUUAUACUAAUUUCUAUUCUGUUUUUUGUUUAGGCCUCCUAGCAUGUCUCGUGACUUGUAUUGUCUCUAACUCUUAUUGUUUUCGUUUUAUUGGAAUUUCUUUAGUUAUUCGAGCUUUUCAUUAGAUAUCUUAUUUUCUCCAAUUGUGGUUUUUUCUCCCAUUAUUUUUUGGUCAUUUUUGCCCAUUAAUAUUUGCUGCUUCCAUCCUGCCA